AAUGGAUGCAUGAUCUGAUCAGUCAACUAAUCGCAAAAAUAAUCGGUGACUAGUCGACGAUCAAAAUCAUCAUUUGUGGCAGCCCUACUUGGCACUGGUCCUUUGUAUAACAAUUCUUACAUAAUGAGUAAAACAUAUGUUUGAUGUAUUGUAGACAGUUGUUCCCAUGCCUAUUUUGAGAAAAAGUCAACAGGUGAGAUUAGUUGUUUCAAGAAAAACUGCCAUGGCUGCUGUACCCUCUAAAAAAUGCCUUGUUUAGAUGAGUUAAGAGUGUAACAAAUUCAUCAGCUGUUUUGUCCCGUCUUAUGGUACAAAAUCCAUCCUGUUUAAUCCACAAGGGCAGGGGUGUCAAAGUCCUGAAACUUUUACAUGUGUCCCUGCUGCAACACACCUGAAUAAAAUGAGUAGGUCAUUAGCAAGAGUCUUGACUAAAUGCUGAGGUGGGAACCCCUAAACCUCAACAUUUUUAAUUUAACAUUCAGCAAUUAUUUCAACUUAAAACAUUCAGUUAUCACCAUUCACACUGCAGUUUCUUAAUAAAAUGCAUUUUCUAGUUUUAAAUAAAUGAAAGUGUUUGGAAAAAUGUAAUUCAGCAACAAAAAUGCUUUGAUUGUGCCACGUUCAUUCAUGAGCUGCUAUAAAAUGAAUCUAAUGGCUGAAUUACCACCUCAGCAUGCAGCGAAGUUCUAUAGACUCUUACUAAUUGAUCUAAUUUUAUUCAGGUGUGUUGGAGCAGGGACACAUAUAAAAGUUUCAGGACCUCAAGGACUGGAGUUUUGACACCUGUGCACAAGGGUGUAACCAUCAUCAUCAUCAUCAUCAUCAUGGAGCGCUUUGUUAUUAUCUCAAAAGAUGUGUCUGUAUCAGGAUGGGUCUAAACAACAUGGUGUAAAUGCAGUUGCUGGUGAGCCUCAUUUCCUGUAGGAGGUGACCAAGAGCAGAGAUCUGUUUCCCUUCAGAGCACAGAGGUUGUUUCUGUUCAGAGGAAGUCAAACUGUCUGACAGUCACUGAGAGACGUUGAAACGACACAGCAAAUGGAUCAAACAAAAUUCUGCUGUUCAGUCUGUUUGGAUCUACUGAAGGAUCCGGUGACUAUUCCCUGUGGACACAGCUACUGCAUGAACUGUAUUAAAACCCACUGGGAUGGAGACGAAAACAGGAAAAUCUACAGCUGCCCUCAGUGCAGACAGACUUUCACACCGAGGCCUGUCCUGGUGAAAAGCACCGUGUUAGCAGAUUUAGUGGAGGAGCUGAAGAAGACUGGACUCCAAGCUCCUCCUGCUGAUCACUGCUAUGCUGGACCUGAAGAUGUGGCCUGUGAUGUCUGCACUGGAAGAAAAAUGAAAGCCUUCAGGUCCUGUUUAGUCUGUCUGGCAUCUUACUGUAAGGAACACCUUCAGCCACAUUAUGAAGCAGCUCCAUUAAAGAAACACAAGCGGGUAGAUCCCUCCAAGAAGCUCCAGGAGAACAUCUGCUCUCGUCAUGAUGAGAUGAUGAAGAUGUUCUGCCGUACUGAUCAGCAGUGUAUCUGUUAUCUCUGCCCUGUGGAUGAACAUAAAGGCCACGACACAGUCUCAGCUGCAGCAGAAAGGACUGAGAGGCAGAGAGAGCUGGAGGUGAGUCGACAAAACAUCCAGCAGAGAAUCCAGGACAGAGAGAAAGAUGUGAAGCUGCUUCAACAGGAGGUGGAGGCCAUCAAUCAGUCUGCUGAUCAAACAGUGAAGCACAGUGAGAAGAUCUUCACUAAGCUGAUCCAUCUCAUCCAGAAAAGAAGCUCUGAUGUGAAGCAGCAGAUCAGAUCCCAGCAGGAAACUGAAGUGAGUCGAGUCAAAGAGCUUCAGGAGAAGCUGGAGCAGGAGAUCACUGAGCUGAAGAGGAAAGAUGCUGAGCUGAAGCAGCUCUCACACACAGAGGAUCACAUCCAGUUUCUACACAACUACCCUUCACUGUCAGCACUAGUGAGUCUACAGACUCAUCCAGUAUCAAUAUCCGUCCUCUGAGCUACUUUGAGGAUGUGACAGCAGCUGUGUCAGAGGUCAGAGAUAAACUACAGGACAUUCUGAGAGAGGAAUGGACAAACAUCUCACUGACAGUCACUGAAGUGGAUGUUUUACUGUCAC